AAGUGCCUCCGUGUUGAGUGCGUGCCGCUCUCUCCCUCGGCUCUCUAUGGCCGCGUGGCUUCUCUCUCCGCCAUGAAGUCCGCCUUCGUGACCGUGGGCACCACCAGCUUCGACGACCUCGUCGCCGCCGUCACGGCCCCAGAAGCUCUGCAGGUUUUACGGGAUCUUGGCUAUGGCAAGCUGGUCCUUCAGGUGGGCAGGGGCUCCGUGUGCCCAGACCCCUUCAGCACAGCCGCCUUCACCCUGGAAGUCUUCAGGUUCAAGAACACGCUCGCUGAAGACGUGCGAGCGGCGGAUCUUGUCAUAAGCCACGCAGGGGCCGGCAGCUGUUUGGAGGUCUUGGAAGCUGGCAAACCCCUUCUGGUGGUUGUCAAUGACAAACUAAUGGACAACCAUCAGUUAGAAUUGGCAAGGCAGCUGCACAGAGAUGGGCAUCUUUUUUACUGCAGUAGCAGCAUCCUCCUCCUCCCCUUUUCCACUCCCUUUUUCCCUCUGGAGGAGGAGACCAUGCAGAAAGGCUGGAAGAAGUACUUUGGCCAGAAGUCCCUCUCGGAGGUGACCAUGGACGAGUAUCUGGGCAGCUUGGGCCUCUAUCGCAAACUUACCGCCAAAGAUGCCACCUGCCUCUUUCGGGCCAUUUCUGAGCAGGUCUAUGCUUGUCAGAUUCAUCAUAUGGCCGUCCGAAAUGCCUGCGUGGCGUUCCUGCGGAAGAACCAGCGGAGUUUUGACUCUUAUGUGGAAGGGUCGUUUGAGAAAUACCUGGAGCGGCUUGGAGACCCCAAGGAAAGUGCUGGACAACUAGAAAUCAGUGCCUUCUCAUUGAUCUAUAACCGAGACUUCAUUCUUUACCGACACCCUGGAAAGCCUCCUUCCUAUGCGACAGACAACGGCUUUGAGGAAAAAAUACUACUCUGUUGUUCCAGUAAUGGCCAUUAUGAUUCUGUGUACAGCAAACAAUUUCAGGCAAAUGCUGCCAUUUGCCAAGCUGUCUUGUAUGAGAUCCUAUACAAAAACGUCUUCAACGUGGACGAGGAAGAGCUGAGGACCGCCGUGGAGAUGUUUCGAAGCGGGUCUAAGAAAAACAGAAGUGGUGGCUCUGUGGGGAGCGAGGAUGCCAGUUUCGACUGCCUUCCCGAAAGAGGGUCCAGGACCUCUCCAGAAAAAAGGCUGGAAGAUUGGGAGAGCUUUGAGUCUGCCGGCCAGCCAGAGGAAAAGUGCAAACAAGCCGUCGAAGAGGCAAAGCCUCCAGACAACCCAAAGAUGCCCUUUCCUUACAAAGUACUGAAAGCGCUGGACCCUGAGAUCUAUCGGAAUAUCGAGUUUGAUGUUUGGUUGGAUAGUAGAAAAGAGCUUCAGAAGACAGAUUACUUGGUGUUCGCUGGGAGACAGUACUAUCUUGGGGACAAGUGUCAGGUCCGCCUAGACACCGCGGGCAAAUACUACAACGCUCACAUCCAGGAUGUCGGACAGGAUAAUACGGUAACCGUCUUCAUUGAAGAGCUGGCAGAGAAGCACCUUGUUCCACUUGUGAAUUUGAAGCCUGUGACGCAAGUGACGCCGGUCCCUGUAUGGAACGUAGUCCCCAGUCGAAAAGGGGGAAACUAUCAGAAGCUGUCAGAUAUGGACAUAAAAUCGCGGAAGAAACUGUUUAAAAAAGUCAGAGGCAAAGAGGUCUAUAUGACUGUAGCCUAUAGCAAAGGGCACUCUGUCCUUCCUCCUCGGCUGCAGCAUGGCAUUUCGUCAGGACGAUCGUCUCCGGUUCAUUGCUCCCAAAGUGGAGGCCAUAUAAGUCCUUACGAACAUUACCAGCCUCCCAAUUCCCAGCGGCCUGGCAGGGGAUAUGGCAUGUCCAGGGGAUCUGCCCGGUUUAUAAACCGGAACAACAUAGUAGGGCCUGAAAUAGCCUUCUAUUCUACAGCAGGAAAGAGGUGUUAUCAGAGCUACGAUAACUUUUCAUAUAGAUCACGCUCCUACAGCCGUAGCCGCCGGCAAAUGCAGUGUGUCAAUAAGGAGUGCCAAUACGGUUUUUCACCUGAGAAUGGCGAGGAGCCUCAAGGUCUGGAAGAAACCAUCACUUUCUACGAAAUUGAAGAAGGGGACGACACAACUUAUCCUGCCUUAGCUAAUCAGAGCAACCCAACUCCAAUUGUUCCUGCUCCGGCAGGAUUUUGGGUAGCAAGGACGGGCCCAAGCCCCAUCCCACCCAACAAGCAGGGUCUCAAUUCCUCGGAGGAAGAAGUAGAUGAGCCAAGUGAUAACGGAGAGUACCAUGAGGAUUAUCUCUAUACUCCUUCAGAUCCAGACUGUGAAACUCCGACAGUAUUUAGCGCUGCUGAAUCUACUGCAAACUUAUCUCUGCAAGACGGGAGAACAGGUCCUCUGUCUUCUCAAGAAGGAGUUGCUUCAUACAGUUAUUCUCAGAAGGUGAUGGUGAAUUCUGCAGUUAUUUCUUCCUCCUCUUGCGCCAAUCCUGCUCCAGACUCGGCCUUCUCCUCCAGCUCAGCGGCGCCAACUCAAGUCAGCGUGACCACAAGUGCACCACACAACGCUGUGCAACCCAUCAUCAUAUCCCCUUCUGUGGGAAGGCAAGUUGUGAUUCCUUCAGCUCCUUUCCCGUACCAGUCGCCUCCCCUUGUGCCAAGCAGCGAUGUGGGAGAAAACGGAAGUGUAACUCCUCCAUACUCUUGUGAUCCAAGUGGAAAUGACCUGCCGAGGGACCCAAAGAUCUUGCAGUAUUACUUUAAUUUGGGCUUGCAGUAUUACCAUCAAAGCUGCUGGAACCCCAUGAUGCAUGUGCAGCAGGUGCCGCCAUCUCCUCACAUGGAAGCUUACCAGCCGUAUCCGGAGCCCAUCCCAGUCAUAGAUCCAUCCAUGCCUCCACCGUACUCAGAAGUAGGAAGGAAUGAUAUGCGCCAGGUCCACAUCGACACUUCAGCAAACGGGGCUUUACCAAACGCCGAACCACCUCUGCCGCCCCACGGAGCCGUGUAUUACCCUGUCAUACCCGAUCCUUACACGCAGCCGCCUCUACCGGGAUACGACGCUUGCGUUCCUUUAGUGCCUGCCUACCAUUACGUCGGCCCUUGGUAUCCGGGAAACUCAUCCUACGGCAAUUCCGCGCGCAUCCAUGGUGCUGUGAAUCCCGGCCACUUCCAACAAGUUGGUUACGUGGCCUCGUCGAACCCUGCGCCGCAUUUUGUAGCUCAAAGUAUGUGAACCUGGAAGGACUGAAUCACUCGAAGCAUUCCUGUUUCUUUUUGUUGUGUUGUUUUAUUUCGGUUUAAUUCCUGAGCAUAGUAGUGGUAGGCGAAACGUUACCUUUUUUUAAUUUGUCGUGUUUUAUAUAAAUUGUUGGUUUGUAUUUAUGGUGGGGGUGGGGGUCAGGAACCAUAUUU